CCUCUUCAUGAAGACUCGCAAUAAUCAUUAACACCCAACUCCCAGUUCAUCAAGACCGUGCAUGUCUCAUCCGCUCGUCUGAACCGAUAACUAUUUAAUUCACGUUCUCUACAGCUUGAGUCUGUGAUUCCUAUUCCAAACCUCAAUCAUGUCCUUAUCUUCGCCCAUCCAUGCCCCGCAGCACAUCCUGCAGCUCCUCUCCGAGCUACACGCCAAGUCCCUCGAACAGGAGGCCGCCAUGUCCAAGACGGGCAAGGUCUUCUCGUCCGAUGUCAUGAACGACCUCGAGGACCGACACCCGCGCGCGGACCCGGCGGACGAGUUCGACAGGCUCAUGCUGGACAAGUUCGUCGCGCUGGACGAGGACAAGUGCCGCUUCGCGUACCAGCUCAUCGGCGCCACGGGCGCCACCAACGUCGUCGAGGCCGGCACGAGCUUCGGCGUCAGCACCAUCUACCUUGCCCUCGCCGUCGGCAGGGCCAAGGCCGCCACGGGCAAGGCCGGGACGGUCGUCGCGACGGAGAAGGAGGCGCGGAAGGCCGAGGUCGCGCGCGGGUACUGGGCGCGAUGCGGCGCGGAGGUCGAGGAACAGAUCGAUCUCAGGGUCGGGGAUCUGCUCGAGACUCUCAAGGAAGGGUUGCCGCAGAUUGAUCUGUUGCUGCUUGACAUCUGGUCAGCCCUCGCUCUGCCGACGCUCAAAGUCGUUCUCCCCCGUCUGCGGAAGGGCGCAGUCGUCCUGACGGACAACACCAUAUCUGGUGCUGAAGGAUACAAAGAUCUGCUGGCGUUCCUGAGAGACCCGCAGAACGGCUUCCAGAACAUGACUCUUCCGUUUACGAAUGGAUUCGAGAUGAGUGUUUAUAUGCCCGUUUUGGAGUAAUGUUUGUCAAGCUUGUCAUAGGAUGGCAAAAGAAGCAAUAAUCUGUUGCUUCUUCUCUUUGCCAAAUCUCU